AAUCGCGUAAAACUGGCUUCAAAUGUGAUGAUGUAAUUAACGCAAUCGAUGCAGAAAAGUUAAUUAAUUACAAUGAUUUAAAAACAUGUUUCAAAAGCAUUCCUUUUAAUGCUACAAAUGCUGCUCAAAUAAUUGAUUCUGUGUCACAAAUCUUGUCGAAAUAUUAUGUUUUCCUUGAUCAGGCAAAUGAAAAACCACCCAAUGGAUUUACUUAUCAACCUACAAAUCUAAUAAGUGAACUAAAGUCGUUACGAAAUAAGAAAAAUUUUAAAUUUGAUAAUGAAUUUAAGAUCUUCAACGAUACAGUAGAGCCAUCAAAUAAUGAUUGUGAAGUUACUGAAAUUGAUGGAAAACCAGCAUUACAAGUAAUAAUUGAGUUUGCAAAUAAUUCAAUUCCACAUUCAAAAGAUCUGGGUGUACGAUUCAACAUGGCUUUGGCUCCUAGUACAGGACUAUUUGCUCAACAAUUUACUUCACGAAUUGACCUGCCUGAAGCUUCUAGUAUCACGUAUAAAUUAUUAUGCUCCAAAAAAAAACCUUUUCUAUUAAAGAGAGAAUGGAGUAUUGAAUUUAACGAUGCUAUUGACUUCAGCAGUUUUUGUCUAAAUUUAAAUUCUGAAACUAAUAAAGUUGAAGCGUCAACUUCAAGUGACAAAAUUACAAAAUUAACUUCAAGAGAUAAAUUUAAAUUGUUACAGUUAAAUAACAACAAGCCGAAAAUUGCACAUGCGAAAUUAAUACUUGAUUUACCAAAAGCCGAAUUUUAUUUACUGGAUGAUGAAGAUUUCGGUAUUGCAGUAAUCACUGAAGAAGACGUAAGAUUUGAAGAUUAUCUGCAAUCUGGUUUCGAAGAAUUUAAGAAACGAAAAGUAAAGAAGCUUAUUUUAGAUUUUUCAAAUAAUGACGGUGGCGAUGUUACCGUACCCCUAUUCAUAAAUUCAAUACUAUUUUCACCAAAACAACCAAACUCGUACCCAACGAAAAUAAAUAUUAAUGAUUUUACUGUUCCAGUAAUAAAAAAUAACUUUAAGACCCUAGGCCCUAAUGACUCAGAUCUUUAUAAUCCAAAUUUCUAUUUGUCGUUUCCUUCAGGCGAUCGAUUUAAUUCUUCUGAUGAGUUUAUAGGCUCUCGAAAAGACCAUGCUUCCAGCUUGACCCUUAACGCUCUAACACCUGAUGAAUUGGAAAGAAUCAAAGAUGCCCCGCAUUUUCCAUGGAAAAAUGAUGAUAUCAUUAUUCUAACUAAUGGAUAUUGUAUAUCUGCAUGUGCACUGAUCACCUUAUUUUUUUCUGAAAUUCAUAAAGUUAAAACAAUUGCAGUUGGUGGUCUUCUUGAUACAAAAUUAACAUUUUCUACAUUUCCUGGUGGACUUAUUACAUCAAGUGACGUUAUUCUAGGAGAUGCAGGUGAUACUACUACUGCUAAUAUUGAUGAUCCAAAUUCACUUCUUCUUCCUGUAAGAAAGUCUUUUAGUUUUUUCGAAAAUGGUACCGAAAAAGAUGUAUUGGAGUAUUCAUAUAGACCUGCUGAUUACAAAUUAGAUUAUAAUGAAAGUAAUGCUAGAGACCCUAGCUUCUUAUGGGUUGAUGCUGCUAAGAUUUUAAGUAAAAAAUCUUAG